AUGAUGAACCUGCUCAUGUGUUUAUGUGUCGUGCUGCUUGACCUCAAGACCGUCCACAGCCAUGUGCGCAUGCAGGGUCGUAUAGUAGGUGGUUACACCGCUGCACCAAACUCCAUCAAAUACAUUGUGUCACUGCAGAGCACCAGGGGCCAACACUUCUGCGGUGGAUCACUGGUUCACAGGUACUGGGUGCUGACUGCAGCGCACUGUAACAUCGGGGCAGAGCACAUGAUGAUUGUGGCGGGAGACUACAUAGUAAACACCUUUGAGGGUACUGAGCAGUAUGCUAAACCACACAGGCUGGUCACUCAUCCCCUCUACAACGGGAGCACCAACAAUGCUGACAUCAUGCUCAUUAAGUUGCGGGCCCCCAUGGUGCUGAACAAAUACGUGUCGCUGGCUCCUCUUCCCAGGCAAGGGACAGGUGUAGUCGAGGGCCGGGUGUGUCGAGUGUCUGGGUGGGGCUACAACAGUCUGGGUGGGGGCCAAGCCCGUUUCACCUUGAGGACGGUCACAGUGCCCAUUGUUUCAACUGCAAGAUGUAACAGCAGUGAGUCCUUUAAUGGAAACAUCACAACAAACAUGAUCUGUGCUGGCUACAGGACUGGAGGAAAAGAUGCAUGCAAGGGUGACUCAGGCGGGCCGCUGGUGUGUGGGGGGCGUGUCUAUGGUGUGGUGUCCUGGGGCAACGGCUGCGGAGAUGCUAAGUUUCCAGGAGUCUACACGGCAGUGUCCAAAUUCCGCCGGUGGAUAGACCAAACCAUCUAUGGGUCGUACUUGCGUUGCACCAAAUACUGA